CCUGCUGCAGCUCUGCCCGCUCUGAGCGCCUCUCACACACUUUCAGUUGCGCGAAGAACCUGCCAACAUACUACUGUUUCUGUUCUGACGCUCUACUAGCGUCUCGCUUUACUUCUCACCAUGAGUGUCGUGGCCUCAGAGAGCGUGUUUUUGUCCGCUUUACAGCCCAACACCUCGGUCACCACCUAUGGACUCCCGUCUGAGAUCCACCUCGGGAACGGCGGCAUCAUGUCGGACGAAAUGGCCCGAACGCGGCGCGUCCAACAGCAGGUCCAGAUGAGACUGGCGGAGAAGUCCACACUUCCGCGUCAAAAUGGAUCAGCCUCAAACUACGCCAUGUCAGACUACGGCGGCGCUUCAACAAUGAAAUAUCAGACCUACAACCCAAACUACAGCUCUAAAUCCUACGUGUACUCAGGCUCCAGAACAAUGGGUCCGCGCAUAUCCCAGCGGUCAGGCUUUAGCGGCCAGUCUGCUGGCCCAGAGAUGGCACAGAUGCACAGGAUCAGUGUCGGGGGUGGAAUGGGUGGGGGGGGUGGUGGUGGUGUUGUUGUUGGUGGUGGUGGUGGUGGUUUUUAUCGUGAAGACAUACGCAUGGGUGGCUACCAAGGGAUUGCCAGGCAACAGAGCCGAAUGGACCCAGAGACCCUCUCCUUGCAUGCUGUGCGGCAGCACACAGCGCAGGCAACUCCCUGGAUGGUGGAUGGCAGCGAUGCUGGCAGCAUGAUCUCCGAGCGUGACGCCACCCUCAACCGCCAGUAUGCUCAGAGCGUAAACAACGGCUACACCAGCCAGAUGAGGCAAGGAGGAGGCACCAUGACCUUUACGUCACCCAUGCGGCGAUCGCUUAGUGGCACACUUUCUCGUGGCGGAGGGAUGGCAGUAGGAGAUGCUGAGAUCAUCCAGCAACCAUCCUUCAAAGGCCCAGCCCACCGCACCAUCAACAGGAUUACAAACCGAAACCGGAUGAGCAUCGGCUCCGUUUCCGGGCAUCAGAUUCCCUCAGGUGGAAGCACUUAUGGUGGAGGCGGGGACAGAGUGGACAGAGGGUUCAUCACAUCCGGAGUGUCCUCUGCUUCCCAGGGGAACCUAAUGCAGCGUCAGGGCACCAUGUCCCGUGCCAUGUCAGUCAAAAGCAUGCAGAGUGUGGGCAGGGGCAUGGACAUCUACAGUGGGCAGAUGGAGUUGGGAGCCAGCAUGGGCAACCUCAGCGGGAUCACCUCCUUGGACAUGCCCACAGCAGUGCAAAAUCUGAGAGAGCACGACCAUGAUCUGCAGGUCCUGGGUGCCGCCUACAUUCAACAUGAGUGUUACAAUGACAACGAUGCCAAAAAUGAGGUGCGUCGCUUGAAGGGUAUUGGUGAGCUGGUGAGGCUGUUCAACUGCGAUAACCAGGAAGUGCAGCGGUACGCCACUGGUGCCACACGCAACCUCAUCUAUGAGAACAUGGACAACAAGGUGGCCCUGAUCGAGGAGGGUGGCAUCCCACGGCUUGUCGAAGCGCUUAAGGAGCCCGACGACGAGCUCCACAAAAACAUCACUGGUAUCCUGUGGAACCUUUCAUCUAAAGACAACCUGAAGGAGAAACUGGCCAGGGAAACACUUCCUGAGCUGACUGACAAGAUCCUGAUCCCUCUGUCAGGCGGCGGAGAGUCUGAGGCCCUCCAGCAGACGCCCUCUGAGGCAGACAUCUUCUACAACACCACAGGAUGCCUGAGGAAUAUGAGCUCUGUAAACGAGAAGACCCGCCAGCUGAUGAGAGAAACACAUGGACUGGUGGACUCUUUAGUGGGCUACAUCAAGAACUCUCUUGAUGAAAACAAGGCAGAAGACAAGGGGGUGGAAAAUGCAGUUUGUGUCUUGAGGAACCUCUCCUACCAGAUCUAUAGUGAGAUGCCUCCAUCUGCUAUGAUGCGCCUGGAAGGACCAACCAGAGCUCAGGACUCAGGAAAGGGCGAUGCCAUUGGUUGCUUUACACCUCAGAGCCGGAAAGCCAAAAAUAGCAAGAACCAGGAUCUCUCCACUUUCACCGAGGUGGCUCGGGUGCCAAAGGGCGUGGAGUGGCUGUGGCACCCACAGAUAGUGGGUGUGUACAACCGUGUGCUGCGUCAGUGUGAGAUCAACUCCACCACCCGCGAGGCUGCUGCCGGAGCGCUGCAGAACAUCACAGCUGGAGACAAGAGGUGGGCGUCAGUGCUGAGCCGGGUGGCUCUGGAGCAGGAGCGCAUGCUGCCAGUGCUGCUGGACCUCCUGCGUACCAACAAUGACCUGGAGCUGCGUUCUCUCACAGGCUUCCUCCGAAAUCUGUCCCGCCAUUCCAGGGAUAAGAAUGACAUGGCCACAAAGGUGGUGAACAACCUGGUGAACAAGCUGCCUGACGAUGGAAACAAGAAGGAGCCCUCCAGCGAGGUGGUGGUCAACAUCUGUGGUGUUCUCAAUAACUUGGUGACCAGCAGCACUUUAGCUGCAAGAGACAUCACCUUCUUUGAUGGCCUGCCAAAACUGGUCGGCAUUAAGAACUCGCAUGACAACAGCUCUGGAAAGAUAAAAGCGGCCAAAGCAGCAGCCACAGUUCUCAGCAAUAUGUUCCAGUACAAGAAACUGCACAAAAACUACAAAGAGAAAGGGUUUGCAAGAACGGAUUUUGCAGACAUGUCUAUCUAAAAUCAAAAGUAACACGGUUAACUUCUACAACAGUGAUCAGGCCUGCACUCCACCAGCCCCCUGUGGAAUAAAAAUAGACUGUUUAUACUAUUCAAAGAUAACACGUUCCAGUUUUUAUCUGCUAAACUUUGUGAUGAGAACAUGGACACACAAGUAAUGGAGGAUCCACCCGAUGGAAAAGGACUUUCUCUGUAUUUUUGAAACUCAAUGGACAGUUAAAGAAAUGUGGAUCCGGAGCGAUGGACUAUUGAUUGACUGAUAGAAAUGUGUGCACCUAAACCAUUUACUCUCUUUGUUUGAACACUGUAUGUUUGAUUGUGGAAUCAGGGAUUUCUUUUCUUUCAGAGCGACAUGUAUUCAGAUGAAAAUGCAGCUGUUUGUGUUUCUGCCGUAUGACAACAGUUCACAACUGUUGAUGGACAAUGUUGUGGACACUUGUGACUUAUCUUCUCACUGUUGCACCUCAAUCACAGCGUGAAUACUAACAUGGCAUUUUUGUAAAUAUUGCUUCUUCUUUUACACAGAAAUCAAAUGUUUUAUAUAUUGCAGUUGUGUAUUUUGUAUUUGUAGUUUUCGGGUAGAUAAAUAUUUUUAUCAAUGAGUCAAGUUAUAACUGUUAUAUUGAAUGUAAACCACAGGACAUUUAAAGAAAUGUGGAUGUUAAUUUAGAUUCAGAAAUCUGGGGAUAAUGAUUGUUUCUCCAAAGUUAUCUUUUGUACUUAUGUGCUUUUUAAACUUGCGUAAUCUGUCUUGUUGCACAAAAUGCUGCUGUGUGACAUUCACAAUCGCUUUGUCAUACAGAACUCAUGGAGUACCAUUAUGUCUGUUUAUUUUUCUUACACAGGAUACAGUCCUAAAUUUUUAUUUCAGAACAAGUACAAUAUUUGUUGUAUUUGAGGUCUUUUUUUGCAAAAUCUAACACUUUACAUUCAGACCCCAUUGAAACUUAUUUUGAUUGGCAGGUAUAUUUUAAUUAUAUUUGUGUAACUUGUAAGUAUUCAUAGAAAGUUUAGCUCAAAAUUUCGAUUAAAUCUUUGAAUUAUUUUGCACUGCUCUGUGGUGUGAAUUGAAAAGCAAAACCUUGUGUUUCUGUGUGGCUUCUGACUGUUGUAAUAUUUGCUUUUGUGUUGUGUACAGGCAGAUGUAUUGUCUGGAUUUUUUUCAGCUAAUAAAGAAAUAAUUUGGAA